GCCCUUUACCUUUGACAUGGGCGGAGAGGAUGAAAGUAGCAUUGGGUGCUGCAAGAGGAUUAGACUAUCUACACAAAAACAACAUAGUUCACAAAAAUGUUACAGCAAGUAGCAUUGUGCUAACCCAUGAGUUUGAACCACUGCUUGGAGAUUUUGGGUUUCCAUCAGGGGGCAAGAUUCUUGAAACUUUGGAUUACUUAGCACCAGAAUAUGCAGGAAACUGGCAACUUUCAACUGCUUCAGAUGUUUAUGCAUUUGGUGUUGUUCUGCUAGAGUUGAUCAGUGGCCAGAUGGUUACAGACAAGAUGCCAGAGGGGAAAAGUCUUGUGGGAUGGGCAAGACCACUUCUGAAAGAAAGGAGACUUCUUGAGAUAAUUGAUCCUAGAAUUGCCAACUCCCAUGAUGGAGAACAAAUUUAUUGGAUGGGCAGACUAAUACAGAAUUGUCUUCACAAAAUUCCGGAUAAAAGAUUAACAAUAGACAAGGUGGUUUGUGCACUGGAAUGCAUAGCAGAUAGACAAUCAAGCCAUGUAAUGGAAGAUUUUUCUGCAGUGAAAUCAUAUAUAGAGCAGCAGGAAAUGCUUAGUGGAGACAUGGAAGUAGUAGGACACCAAUUGACGAGCAGAUCUUUUUCCUUAACUUCUUCUUCAGUGACCGCAAGAAGUAGCACAAGUUUUAGCAGGAGCUCUACAAGUAGUAAUGGAAGAAGUGACAAAAUGCAUAGAGGAAUAACAGGAAAUAGAAUUUCACUGUAUUAUGCACAGAUGCAUAAUUAGUUCCAUUUUGACUAGUUUGAAAAAUGAUUACAUAUGUCAUCAAAGGAGAAAAAAAAAAAAAAAAGAAGAAGAAAUGAUUACAUAAAAUAAAGCUAGAAAAAUAAGAAAGAAAUGUGAAAAGAGAAGUAAAAGUUUUUCUUUAUUAAGUGAAAUUAAUUUGCAAUCUUUGUUUACAAAAAUUAAAAAAGUAUUUAGUGUUUUCUAGUUUUUAUUUCUUUAAAAUAAUUUUUUUUAUUUAAUUCUACAUGAAAAUGUAAUGAGAAAAUAAUAAAAAGAUAAAAUGUGGG